AUGUCUUCUCACGUGGCUCCCCUCCUGGCCGGCCUGAUCAUCAGCGCCGCCCAGCUCACCUCCGGCUCCCCUGUCGCCGACGCCCCCAUCGCCCCCGUUGCCGCCCUCCUCACCAACGGCACCUACACCCAGGUCGUCACCGCCAUCACCACCUACUGCCCCGAACCCACCAUCAUCUACCACGGCAAGUACACCUACACCAUCAAGGAGCCCACCACCUUCACCAUCACCGACUGCCCCUGCACCAUCACCCACACCGGCCCCAUGCCCACCGGCACCGCCGUACCCCCCAUCAUCACCGGCGUCGUGCCACCCUCCGGCCCCGACUGCGCCGCCACCUGCGCCGCCGCCUACGACAAGUGCCGCGGCGCUCCCGACGCCAACCGCGCCACUUGCGCCGCCGAGUACGCCGGCUGCCUCGGCUACAGCCCCUUCGGCCCCGACGGCUCCCUUGUCACCCCGACCGCCUGCUCCGGCACCGCUACCGCCGUCCCUCCCAUCGCCACUGGCAUCGUUCCUCCCGGCACCGCUACCGCCGUCCCUCCCAUCGCCACCGGCGUCGUGCCCCCCUCCGGCCCCGACUGCGCCGCCGCCUGCGCCGUCGACUACAACAAGUGCCGCUCCGCCUCGGACGCCAACCGCGCCACCUGCGCCGCAAACUACGCAGGCUGCCUCGGCUACAGCCCCUUCGGCCCCGACGGUUCCCUCGUCACCCCGACCGCCUGCUCCGGCACCGCUACCGCCGUCGUCCCCACCGCCACCGCCGUGCCCCCCAUCGCGACUGGUAUCGUGCCCCCCGCGACCACUGGCGCUGCUUGCGUUACCGGCUGCAACGACGCCUACAACAAGUGCCGCAGCGCUCCUGGCGCCAACCUCUCUACCUGCGCUGCCGAGUACGCCGGAUGCCUCGGCUACAGCCCCUUCGGCCCUGAUGGUUCGCUCGUUACCCCUACCGCCUGCUCUGGUUCUGCUACCGGUGCGGUGCCCACUGCCACUGCGAAGCCUUUGCCUUCUGUUGUGCAGGUUGCGUCUGCUGGACGUGCGUCUUUCGGGGUCGCUGUUGCGGCUGUGUGUGGUCUUGCUGCCCUUGUUCUUUUCUAA